UGGCUCGCCUACUUUACUAUCAACCAGUCAUUAAUUAAUAACCAUGCAAAGCGGACGUGUUAUUUGUGUUCUGGCGAUAAUCCUGCAAUGCGUCAUUUGUAAAAUGUCGAUUAAUAUUUGGACAAGUGUAAUAACUCUAGCGCAAGGAAAAUUAAGGGGCAAAGUCGAUUUUACAAACAAUUACAAUUCUUAUUUAGGAGUACCUUAUGCAUCGGUUACAAAGCGCUUCCAGGAAGCGGGACCUGCACCAGCAUGGAAUGGGACAAAGCUGGCAAUCAAUGGGACUAUCAAAUGCAAACAAUACUCCGACUCUUUAAAAAAGCCGAUAGGACAAAGCGAUUGUCUUGUUGCUAACAUCUUUACUCCAAUUAGAACUAAAAAUAAUUUAUUACCUGUAAUGGUUUUCAUUCAUGGAGGAGGAUUAGAUUUUGGCAGUAACACUGACCUUACGUUCAAUCCAAAGUACUUUGUACAAAAAGAUGUAAUUAUGGUCACAAUUAAUUAUCGGCUGGGUGCUUUCGGUUUUCUAUGUUUACAUGAAACUGAAGCAACUGGUAACAUUGGUCUUAAAGACCAAACAGCUGCACUAAGAUGGGUGAAAAACAACAUUCGAGCUUUCGGUGGCAAUCCGGACACAGUGACAGUGUUUGGUGAGAGUGCUGGAGCAUCGACUAUCCACUACAUGAUUACUACUGGAAAAUAUAAAGGGCUAUUUAAUAAAGCUAUCCUGCAAAGUGGAACAGUUUUAAUGCCAAAUAAGUUUGACGAAAAUCCAAUAAAGACUGCAUCAAAAAUUGCGUCGAAAAUGGGAUUUCAAACAGAUGAUCCAAAAGAACUGCUGAAAAUAUUUAAAAAUGCCACAUCUGAUGAUAUAGUAGAAGCAUCGCGGGUGGAUGCAAAAAACCAACCCUUAAAAUUAUAUCCAUUCAGACCUUGUAUAGAAAACCCAGUCAAAGAAAAUAAAUCGUUUAUUACAGAAACCCCAAGAGAAUUAGUAGAAUCAGAAAUAUCAGAUCCCAACUUAGAUAUAAUAUUAGGAUAUAAUAAUAUGGAAGGAAUAAAGCAGGCAGGUCAAUAUGAUUCGAACGGACUUCAAAAAUUAAAUUCAACAUUGUCUGAAAUAAUACCUGAAAACAUACAAUUCGCAAAUGAGUUAGAUAAAGAAGCUCUAACGCAAGAGAUACGAAAAUUUUACUUUGGAAAAGGCAUUGAUUACGAUUCUUUAAUCGAUUAUUUUUCAGAUACCGUUAUGUUUUACCCUUCAAUUAUAUCCGCAAACUCUUUACUUUCAUCUAAUAUUACAUUAUACAAUUAUUAUUUUAAAUACGAUUCAUCUAGGAAUUUUUAUAAAUUCAAUUCUGGUCUACCUCUACAACCUGGAGCUACUCAUGCGGACGAGCUGUGCUACAUGUUUAAUAUCGUGAUAUUUAAUUCAAUGCCAGUAUUACCACCAAAGGGUAACGAUUUGAAAAUGAUUAAUACACUGACAACACUAUGGACUAAUUUUGCCAAAACAAGGAAACCAUCAUCCUCUAGGACUGCAGAGUGGAUCCGAAGUACGAAUGGCGAUCUAAAGUUUUUGCAACUUGAUAAUGAUAAGGAAAUGAGAAUGCCACUGCCCAAUAAAGAAAGAUUUCUAUUUUGGGAUAGAGUCUACAAACAAUAUACAUGAUUUUAAUAACAAUAUGUAGUUAUUAUUCGGUAUUUCAAGGAUAAUGUUAGCGACGUUAAUGUUAUACGUGUUUUAAAUACAAAUUAUAAGUAGGUCCGAUGCUAUAACGAAUUACCAUUUAAUAGUUUGUGUUUGUGUGUUUAUUUGCGCGCGUGUGUGUGUGUGUUUCUCUGUGUGUGUGUGUGUGCGUGUAUGUGUGUGUGUGUGAGUGUGUGUGUGGGUAUGUGUGCUUGUACAUAUUCUUGUUUUUUCCAUAUUUUUAUACACCGCGCAGAUGUACUCUGCGACAAAUCGAAAAUAAAAAGAGCGAUGGAUGUGG